CCUGGUCUUUGUCGUCUUUGUUGUUUUUGGUUCUUUUGUUAUCUUUAAUUUAAUUUGAUACGUUUUCCGCGGCCCCAUGACGUGUUAGUUAUGUGUCUUGCCGAAGGAGGCAUUAUAUUUGCGACGAGUUUGCCACAGGAGUUACGUCAAGUAUUUGCAGUUCGAUGUCGACCGCUGUUUAAACCGGAUUAAAAGAACAAUAAAUCUUUUAAUUAAAGAUAAGAAUCUAAUGAUGACUUCGUUGGACGCCCAAAGAUGUCCGGAAAGGAACAUGUUUUCUACGGUAGAAGAAUCGAAUUAUUGUAAUCAAGAAAGCGAAGUUUCUGAGUUUUUCUCUGGACGAAAAAUACUGAUAACAGGAGGUUCUGGAUUUUUGGGACGACUUAUACUCGAAAAACUUUUGAGAUCAUGUCCAAAAAUUGAUAGGAUUUAUUUAUUGAUGAGAGGAAAGAAACAGAAGGACAUGCAGACUCGAUUUAAGGAAUAUUUUAACGAUAUCAUUUUCGAAAGAUUGAAGGGAGAACAGAAAGAUGUCGAAAAGAAGAUCGUUUUAAUAGAAAGCGAUAUGAGAGAAUUGAAUUUAGGAAUGUCAGAAAAAGACAGAGAACGUAUUAAAGAUACCGAAGUGAUUUUUCACUGCGCAGCAUCGGUACGUUUCAAUGAUACACUUCGUUUCAUAAUUAAUGUAAACGUCAGAGGAACGAGGGAUCUCCUUUUGCUUGCACGAGAGAUGCCGAAUUUGAAGGCUUUUACCUAUGUAUCAACGGCAUUUUCGCAAUGCAUUUAUGAAAGAAUCGAAGAGAAAUGUUACAAUCCACCGUUAAAGACUGACGAUAUAAUAAAAUUGACGGAGAUUUUGAACGAGGAUCAAUUGAACUUUAUCACGCCAGAAUUACUCGGUAAAUGGCCCAACACUUACACUUACUCAAAAGCAAUUUCUGAAGACACUGUACGGCAAUAUUCAAGAGGAUUCCCGACUUGCAUCGUUCGUCCAUCCUCUGUUUUGGCAACGGAAAAAGAUCCGAUUGCCGGUUGGAUAAAUAAUCUCUACGGUUUUACUGGCGUCGUAUUAGGUAUUGGUUUGGGUAUCAUACGUGUAUUUAAUUUAGAUAGGACAUUAGUACACGACAUCAUUCCCGCUGAUUAUGUAGUCAACAAUAUCAUCGUGUCAACAUGGGACACCGCGAAAAAAAGAUCUAUAUCACCGGUUAUUACUAAUUUCGAUAAAGAUGACAAGUCCUUAACAGUUGACGCGGAAGAGAUUCCAGUUUAUAAUGUCGUCUCCUAUGUUCAAAAUCCAAUGAUUUGGAAUUACUGUAUAUUAAAAUUAUUGGAAAUUGCUUCUAUUACACCAUUUAGAAAAUGCUUGUGGUACCCCUUUUUUUUAUCAUUGACAAAUGAAUACUUUUUCUAUUUAUGCAUAAUUUUAUUUCACUGGAUACCAGGAUUCAUAGUCGAUUCAUUAGCUCUUCUCGUCGGACGAAAACCUAGGUUAUUAAAUAUUUAUAGAAAGGUUCAUAAAGUGACUAAAGUAAUGAAAUUCUUUGUAACGCAUCAAUGGGAAUACACUAAUGAUAAUGUUUUGAAGCUAUGGAAUAAACUAUCUGUUGUCGAUAAGAAUAAAUUCUUCUUUAAUAUUAGCGAUCUCGACUGGGAUUCUUAUUUAUUAACGUAUUGCAAAGGAAUUCGAGUAUUUCUGCUGAAUGAUCCUUUGGAGACGGUAAAUGAUGCUAAAAUUUUGUAUAAAAGAUUGCGAAUAAUUCAUUAUACGACGGGAAUUGUGCUGUUAAUUUUGUUACUUUGGGGUCUUUACUUGUUAUUACAGUUUCUUUAUACAUUUUUAUUUUCCUUCUGAGGAAUUAAAAUCAUGAAUGGACGCACGGGAUACAAACUGAUCCGCAAUUUAAGAUUGAAUGAAUAAAUAUUUUUUUUGGUGUUGGUGAAAAACACUUAUUUUUGAA